AUGUUAGCUAAUUAGAAUGUUUAUUUAAGCAUUUAAUAUUAAUAAAUAAAUCGCUACUUCAAAACUUGUUUUUAAAAUAUUUUAUUUAUUUUUUCUUAAAUUUUGCUAAUAGCUUUUAAUUUAUUGUAUAUCAAACAACAUUUCAAAAAAAUAUAAUAAUGUUACGCUAAAAUAGUUAUUAAAUUUCCAAUAGUGAAAGCAAUUGCAAAUUUAUAUGGAUUUCCUGUUACUACACCUAAAAUAGAAGCAAAACUCAUAGCCUAAAUCCACCAACCUAAUAUUUAAUUUAUAAAACUAUUUUCAGUACAACAUCCAAAUCCUAUUAAUCUUUAUGUAAAUGUUAAAUUAGGGCACCAACUAUUAUCAUCAUCAUCACUAGAGCCUCCAGCAGCAGAGGAAAUUAAUGGUAUUCAAACUCAUAUGAUUAACUUCAAAUUGUAGCAAUACUGA